AUGAUUCCUGUGCUGCUCGGCGCCGUCGUCGCCACAGUGGUAGCUUGGAUUGAUGCGCCGCCACCGCAGCUGGAUAACGGCGUCACCAGCCUACCAGAGGUGGAAUGUUUGGAAGAUCAACUCAUGCUGACGUUCAAGACACAACGACCAUUUCAAGGGCGCAUUUUUGUCAAAGGAAUGUCAUACAAGGACUCGUGCGUGAGCAAAUACGUCGCGAAUACCAAACCAGAGGUGACGUUUGAACUCCAUAAUGGUGACUGUAACAUGCGACGAACAAGAAUGUUGGGACCUGAGCGUCGUGGAAUGGAACACUCGAUAACGGUGAUUAUCUCAUUCCAUUCGACAUUCAUCACCAAGGUUGACAAGGCGUACCGAUGCACGUGUUUCUACAUGGAAGCCGACGAAGUUGUUUCCAGCAGAUUUGACGUUAGUGUUGUUUCAUCAUUUUUGUUCACCAUGAAGGAAAUCAGUAUCGAUCUGGUUUCCAAUAUUCACAGCGUUCUGCCUACCACCGACGUGAUCGACACCGCUCGAAUGCCAAUGUGCAGCUAUACGGUACAUCGCGAUUCGAUCCGCGGUCCACUCGUUCAGUACGCGAAGAUCGGCGAUCAGGUCUACCACGUAUGGCAGUGCAAUAGUGAUAUGUUCUCUAUGUUAGUUCAUAGUUGCUUUGUUGACGACAGCAAUGGACAGGACCGCAGAGCUUUCAUUGACGAGCAUGGAUGUGCCAUCGAUCCAAUUAUCGUGCCGGAUCUGAAGUACAACAAAGAGAACAAUUUGGCAUAUUCGCAAGUGAAUGUGUUCAGCUUCGCCGACAAGAUAAGCAUUUCAAGCAUCUUUCUAUCAGAUGGCAAUACUAUACCAAUACAAUGA